AGAGCACAGGGGUCGGCCGAAGCGCACGCACACGGACUCGUAGCCCUCCGCCAGCGCGCGCCGCCAGCUCCAAGACCCCUUCACCACUCGGAACCUCACCGCACACAAGCACCGCACCAUGAGGGAGUGCAUCUCCGUCCACGUCGGCCAGGCCGGAGUGCAGACGGGCAAUGCCUGCUGGGAGCUGUACUGCCUGGAGCACGGCAUCCAGCCCGACGGCCAGAUGCCCUCCGACAAGACGGUGGGCGGCGGCGACGACAGCUUCAACACCUUCUUCAGCGAGACGGGCGCCGGCAAGCACGUGCCGCGCGCCGUGUUCGUGGACCUGGAGCCCACCGUGGUGGACGAGGUGCGCACCGGCACCUACCGCCAGCUCUUCCACCCGGAGCAGCUCAUCACGGGCAAGGAGGACGCCGCCAACAACUACGCGCGAGGCCACUACACCAUCGGCAAGGAGAUCGUCGACCUGGUCCUGGACCGCAUCCGCAAGCUGGCCGACCAGUGCACCGGCCUGCAGGGCUUCCUGCUCUUCCACUCGUUCGGCGGCGGCACCGGCUCCGGCUUCACGUCCCUGCUCAUGGAGCGCCUGUCCGUCGACUACGGCAAGAAGAGCAAGCUCGAGUUCGCCGUCUACCCCGCGCCGCAGAUCUCCACCGCUGUCGUUGAACCCUACAACUCGAUCCUGACGACGCAUACCACGCUGGAGCACUCGGACUGCGCCUUCAUGGUGGACAACGAGGCCAUCUACGACGUGUGCCGGCGCAACCUGGACAUCGAGAGGCCCACCUACACCAACCUGAACCGCCUCAUCGGCCAGAUCGUGUCCUCCAUCACGGCGUCGCUGCGCUUCGACGGCGCGCUCAACGUGGACCUCACCGAGUUCCAGACCAACCUGGUGCCGUACCCGCGCAUCCACUUCCCGCUCGCCACCUACGCCCCCGUCAUCUCGGCCGAGAAGGCGUACCACGAGCAGCUCAGCGUGGCCGAGAUCUCCAACGCGUGCUUCGAGCCGGCCAACCAGAUGGUCAAGUGCGACCCGCGCCAGGGCAAGUACAUGGCGUGCUGCAUGCUGUUCCGCGGCGACGUGGUGCCCAAGGACGUCAACGCCGCCAUCGCCACCAUCAAGUCCAAGCGCACCAUCCAGUUCGUCGACUGGUGCCCCACUGGCUUCAAGGUGGGCAUCAACUACCAGCCGCCCACCGUGGUGCCGGGCGGCGACCUGGCCAAGGUGCAGCGCGCCGUGUGCAUGCUGUCCAACACAACGGCCAUCUCGGAGGCGUGGGCGCGGCUCAACCACAAGUUCGACCUGAUGUACGCCAAGCGCGCCUUCGUGCACUGGUACGUCGGCGAGGGCAUGGAGGAGGGCGAGUUCUCGGAGGCGCGCGAGGACUUGGCGGCGCUGGAGAAGGACUACGACGAGGUCGGCCUGGACUCGACCGAGGCCGAGGGCGAGGCUGGCGAGGAGUUCUAGUGGAGCAGCAAGGCGUGGUGCACUGCGUGGUGAGGUUUCCUGACUUGCUCGUCCCUGCCGCGGCUGCCAUGGGCUUCAUGCCUUACAAGUGGAUUACCGUGGCCGUUUCGGAGGGCGGUAUUGUCCGUUACUCUGUUUUGAUCAACGGUUUUCAAAUUUCCCUGUGUAAUUGCAUGUGUAUGUGCUGUGAAUUAAUUUUUAGGACGUGGUAUGCACGGAGUCCACCAAAGUGUGUACCAACAAUGUUUGUUUGUUUUCGGAAGGUAUUGUGCUAAAAGAUGUGACCAAUAAAAUUUGUUUUUCGUGAAA